AUGGGUCACCCCGAUGAGAUCAAUGCCCUCGAGGCACAACCCAGCUACUAUGAUGACUCCAAGGUCGAGGAGACCAACGAGCCCACCCAACUGAAGAGGGAGCUCAAGGCGCGCCACAUUUCCAUGAUUGCCAUCGGUGGUGCAAUUGGAACUGGCUUGAUUGUGGGAACUGGUAGUGCAUUGACAGCCGGACCCGGCGCUCUCUUGAUUGCGUACUGUUUCAUGGGUCUCGUGGUGUGGACUGUUAUGUGUGGAUUGGGUGAGAUGGCCGCCUGGCUGCCCCUGCCCUCUGGUUUCACUGGUUACGCUGGCCGUUUCUGUGAUCCCGCUCUCGGAUUUACUCUCGGAUGGUGCUACUAUCUGAAAUAUAUCAUUCUUCCGCCCACACAACUGACUGCUGCCGCCCUGGUCAUCACGUAUUGGCCACGAGUAUCUGCCGACAAUGUGAACCCAGGUGUAUGGAUAGCCAUCUUCAUGGUGGCAAUCAUCGUGAUCAACUACUUCGGUGUGAAAGUUUUCGGCGAAUUGGAAUUCUGGCUAUCGGCUUUCAAGAUCGUUACCAUCCUGGGAAUCAUCUUGACCUCUCUCAUUUUCGCCCUCGGUGGCGGACCUGAUCACGACAGACGCGGUUUCAGAUACUGGAAAUCCCCCGGUGCUUUCAAUCACAAGUAUGUUGAAGGAGAUCUUGGAAAGUUCCUUGCUUUCUGGUCUGUCAUGGUGCAGGCCACCUUCGCCUUCCUCGGUACCGAGCUCAUUGGUGUCACCGUCGGAGAAGCCCAAAACCCCCGAAAGACCAUCCCCAAAGCCAUCAAGCUUACCUUCUGGAGAAUCAUUGUGUUCUACAUUCUCAGUGUUCUCUUCGUCGGCAUGUUGGUUCCCUAUGAUUCCCAGGAUUUGGCAUUUGCCACCAAGGCCAAGAGCUCCGCAGCGGCUUCGCCAUUCGUGGUCGCCAUGAAACAAGUCGCUGCUCUCCCACACAUCAUCAAUGGUUGCAUUCUUGUAUUUGUCCUGUCUGCCGCCAACUCCGAUCUCUACAUCGCCACUCGAACCCUAUAUGGUCUUGCACGUGAGAAGAAGGCACCAGCAAUCUUUGCUCGCACCAAUGCCGCUGGUGUUCCCGUCUACUCCCUGGCCCUAUCUGCUUCUUUCUGUCUCCUUGCUUUCAUGAGCGUCUCCAAGGGCUCCAAGGAAGUCUUCGGAUACUUUACUGACAUGGUCUCGAUCUUCGGAUUGUUAACCUGGAUCUCCCUCCUGAUCACUCACAUUUUCUUCAUCCGUGCCCGACGUGCACAGGGCGUAGAUGAGAAGACUCUACCAUACAAGGCCCCUCUUGGAAUCAUUGGUUCCUGCGUCGCCCUGUUCUUCUGCGUGCUAGUUGCCUUCACUCGCAGCUUCGGUGUGUUCAUUCACAACUCUGCAACAUACGGCAACUUUGACUACAAGACUUUCAUCACUUCCUACAUCGGAAUUCCUCUCUAUGUCAUGGCAUUCACCGGAUGGAAGUUCUGGAAGAAAACAGAGCUGAUCAAGCCUCACAACGCCGACAUCUGGACCGGAAAGGCCGAGAUUGAUCGCGAAGAGGCUGAAUUCGAAGCCAUGGCUAUAAUUGAGGACCAAAACAUGACGAUGCCUAAGAAGAUCUACAAGAUGUGCUUCUCAUGGCUCUUCUAA